AUGACGGGUGCCGUCUCGCUGUGUCAUCUCCCUUCUUCCUUCGACUAUCCCGCCCCGUCUUACCCCUCGCACCUCCAGCCGACCACUCUAACUGAGCUUGAAACCCGCGGCCAGACGCCAAGCGGAUUUGAUGGCCGUAGUCAGUUCCCGGUGGAAGAAGCUGGCUUGACCCGAGAGGCUUCACCGGAUAUCUCUCCCCACACCGUUCACGUCAUAUCCAACUCGCUAGGUAGCAGUAGUAGUAGUCAAGCCUCAUCUCCCCAGCCUCUGCGAUGCAUAACAGUAGCCCCUCUGUCAGCCUCACCUCGAGGAGGUUCGCAUGAGAUUCCCGCUCAUUUGGGCUCACCAGUUGCUUUGACAGAUCCCGAGCGGUCUGCUGCUGGCUUGUCCUUCCCCCUAUUGUGUUCCUCGCCAAUUCAGGAGUCUUUCGAUCGAGCAGUAGAGCGGCCGCUAGCGUCCAACCGCCGUUCCCGCUGGUUGAGUACAGGAAUCCGCUCACCGGCCAUUGAAGAGUUGUCUCUCGAAUUUGAGAGCAUGGAGCAUCCUGUAUCCGCCAUGCCGGGCUUUAAAGGCCACCAUGUCUCCAAGUCAACAAACCCUACCACCGGCAGUCGUUCAAAACCGGGUGAUAUUUCUUCCAAAUUAAGGAGCACCAUGUUUGCCUCUAUGAACAAGUCUGAACCAAACCUGGCCAACCCCGGGUGUGCCACAUCGCUCUCAAUAGCUCCGGCCCACGACAUCCCCCCCAGCGCUCGAACAUCGGGUCAUCCUAAAAAUAUACGACCCAACCAAGAUUUGAACUUAAGCUUGUCAUCCGAAAAAACUAGCCCCCAUGAAGUGGCAGAAAUGCCUCGAAGCCUCCACACCGGCUAUCACCCUUCGAUCCGGUCCAUCUUCAAUCAAACUUCCAAGCGCAUCUCCGAAUUCACCUCUCGGCUGAAUGGUCCCAGUACUCCUUCACAGAACAGUCUUCAUACACGCCCCCCUCCAACAGAGCCCCUGCCGCCGACUCCCAGAUUACCGGUGAUAAGUUCUGAGUCCAAUGAUAUCCCAGAAUCCGUAUCACGCGUCACUUUGGCCCUACUGCAGCGGACAGCACAUCACCAGGAAGACCUUCCUGUUAUUUGUCAAACCUUGCCGCCAGCCGAUAAUCCCCCGAUGUUCAACAAGGUCAAGCGAAGCAAUGCUCGCGUUCACUCACCGAACUUUUAUCAAUCCCUCAAGUCACGAUGGAAGCCCGACAUAUUGCCCGCCCAAGAUCUUUUUGCCACCAUCUCCUCAAAUUCAUCGACUUCCAGGAGUCCCCCAAAGACACACCUCGGUGAAUUUCAAACGCCUGAAAUCUCAGAGGUAUCUAGCUUCGCCGAGCCAUCGCCUUCCAGAUUGGCCACUGAAAUCGCCGAGGGUAGUUCCGAAGAGAAGUUUGUGGCAAGAUCAACGUACGAUUCCAACUCCAUAGGUGAGCACAGUUCCCGGACUGUGCAAGUUGCCUCCCCAUCCAGAUUGCGUGCGUUUUCUACUUCGAGCCGCAAGAUAACACAAUCGGAAUCCAGCAGCAAUAGCCUUGAGUGCUCCGUAGUAAUUCCUUCACCGUUAAAUACGAUCGAUCAAGUCAAAGCACCAACUACAGAGGUCAGUAAGCCGGAGCCAAUGACUAUCGCUGAAGGCAGCAACGAAAUUCAUUGUUCCGUAUCAGCUCCCCCACCGUUAAGCACUAGCGAUCAAGUCAAAGCACCAACUGCAGAGAUCAAGCCGGAGCCUAUGACCAUUGCAGAAGGCUUGCAUCAUAAGCACCACCUCAACUUUGCCGCCCGGAGGUCUUCCAUCAGCAUGGUUCUCAAACGACCAGAUUCGCUCGAUGCUUCAACCCCGGCCAUCUUUCAAGGGAUCUGGGAGAAGGAGUUGGAGGAAAACGAACGUAAAUGGAAGCGGCUCGCACGUAUUAGCGGCAGUCAGUCAUCCUCUCGUUACUCAACCGAGUCUUACACCGAACACGACAACGCGAGCAAGACACACGGCGAACGAGCGCCGUUUAUCAACGGGGGUUCUUUGAGAAACUCAUCGAAAAUAACCUCUGAGCAUCUGAUACGGUUGGGGCGAAAGUUGAGCCAAAAUAAAGCAGCCCACCACACCAAAAGCCAGUCUCAAACUGACGUACUGGAUCAAGUGUGGGACUCUUUCAAGUGCGAGGCUGAACUGAGUCUCAGUGAUAUCAGCUGUGAUAGAUCGAUCGUCGACGGCGCUUCCGGCAGUCCCGAGUGCCAAAGCGACCUUCCAGCCCUGCAUCAAAUUACCUUCAACGACCAUUUUCAGCGCGUACACACCGUUCAAGAUUCUGAAAGCCUUGCUCGUAAAGACGCCAAACCUAUCGGGUUAGGAUUGUUUCAUCCAUGUGAUCCACCCAUCGAAGGCGCUUUUCCCAUCCAAGAUGAAUACUCACCUAUCAACAAUGCCAAAUUGAAGAAACUUUCCUUAAUAGCUAUGCGAGAUGCCUCGGGAGCUCCGGCGAGUCUACCAGGCAGAAGGAGGCGUCCUGUAAAUAUAAUCUCUCCUGAAAUUACUGACACAGAGCCGCUCGAGACUCAUCGGGCCUCACUAGAUCUGUCGCUCCUCGACGCUUUUCCUGUACCUCCUCGCAGUCAUCGUUCGAGCCAAUCUUCUUCAUCUUCGCACUCUUUGAAGCCUCUUAAAUCGACUGAGCUGAUCAAGAGUCGGAGAGACGGCACUGCGACCCAUACGGCCCCACCACUUGCUGCUCCGAAUGCCCGACCUUCUCCCCCGCCGAAGGACCCUCGCUCUCAUCAACGUCAAAAAUCUACAACAGAGAACUCGAAAAAGAAUCACAUCUCAUUCACACUCACAUCCUUUUCCAAUCGACCACGUGCUCAGACGUCAGUGCGCUCACCCGUUCCACCUCCUUUGAACCUGAAGGCUUCUCCUUCACCCAAUUUAAAUCACCGACGGCGGACAAUGACGUCACAUGUCAGCAACCACAGCCAUAGUGGACCCCAGGCGAUCCCACCAGUGCCGUUCUUACAUGUUCCUAAUACGGCCCCCCUCGUCUCGACUACUGCCAUGUCCCAUGAUCGUGACAGGGCAGUAGCAGCAGCAGUUCUUUCCCCUGAUGUUACUCGCCCAAGUUUCCCCAGCGAAGCAAAGAAUUCCAAGGCAGGAACUGGUGGUAUGACUCCCAAACGUCCUAGUCUUUUAAUUCGACCCAGUCUGCGAUCACCACACCGAGCCGGGAUUCGCCCUUUCCUAACCGGAGAAACGAGCCGUUCCCCGAAAGUUCCCGCACCUUUUUCUCCGAGUGUUCCAUCUCCUACCACGCGAGGUUUUGCCCAUACGAUUCAGCAGUCGGCUAACAGCUUGCAGCAUUCCAUCGAGCAGGCGACCUACUUUUCUUCUCCGCACGCCUCAGUUGGGUCGUCUACAGGAACUGCAUCCUCAAGCUCAACAGUUCCUUCACCAGCCACGCCGACAUCUUUGCGCAUGACUUACAACAGCCGUAUACCUUCUGUACCCAUGUAUCACGCCUCCAACAACUCCCCGUCAGGCUUGAAAUCGCCUAUCAAAUCCCCUCAUCCAGAUAACCCGAGAUAUGUGAUGAUCGACCAGACCCCCAAAUAUUCUGGUGGAGCACGGGGCGCUCCUGACACCAUCAAAGCUAGUCGUGUCUACAGGCCCGAGUUGUUGAACCCGUUGUCCGAACCUACCGAGCAAGUCAGUUAUGGUAUGGCCCUCUAA